GUUCUUUUCUUCCGCCCGUGUGUCGCUGCCUACCGGCCGCGCUUCCGCCCAACUUUGCUCCCCUUCCCACCAUGGGUCCCCCCCGGCUUCGUUGCCAGGCCUUUCAGUUCCCCCUCUCGGCCACUUCCCCAUCUCGCUCGCCAUGCCCGGCUCUUCGGUGUCACGGCGCGGCCCGGCCGCCACAGCGUCGCCGCCCCAAGUCUCAGUCUUCCCUUCCCCGCAGGAGCUGGGCUCGGCGCUGGCCCAGCUGGUAGCCCAGCGGGAGGCUCAGUCCGGGCCUGGUGGGCGCUUCUCCCUGGGCCUGUCAGGUGGGAGCCUGGUGCGGAUCUUGGCCCAGGAGCUGCCCGCCGCUGCCGCCUCCCCUGCCCGCUGGCUCCUGGCUUUCGUGGACGAGCGCCGGGUCCCGCUGAACGACCCCGAGAGCAACUACGGCGCCUACAAGACGUACCUCCUUUCUAAAAUUGCUGUACCCGAGGACCAAAUUGUUGUUAUCAACCCUUCACUCACGGUAGAAGAGGCAGCUGCGGAUUACGCUGCAAAGCUGAAAGAGGCCUUCCAGGGUGAGGACAUGCCUGUGUUUGACCUCUUGAUCUUGGGAGUAGGACCGGAUGGACACACUUGCUCUCUCUUUCCGGAUCAUCCCCUGCUACAGGAGCGGGAGAAGAUCGUGGCCGCCAUUCGUGACUCCCCAAAGCCGCCUCCAGAACGGAUCACGCUGACUCUCCCGGUGCUGAACGCCGCUCGGAGCGUGGUGUUUGUCGCCACUGGCGAUAGCAAGGCUGCUGUGAUAAAGCGUAUUUUGGAAGGUGACGAGGAAAACCCACUGCCAGCUGCCCUGGUCCAGCCUCAUACUGGGAAGCUGUAUUGGUUUUUGGACGAGCCGGCUGCGAAGGAGUUGACGAUUCCUUUUGAGAAGCACUCCAUCUUGUAGAAGCUCGUGUCCCGCAACCUUUCAGGUUGGGAAGAGUCCACCAUGCGCGGGUUGUGGGUAGAUCCCUGCCCCGCUAACAUUCCAGGUCACGGUCUCCACGUCUGGUCGUAGCGCUCAGGAGCGGCACUAAACUAACACUGUCUUUUUCUUUCCCCCCCCUUCCCUCCUUUUUUAAAAAGAAAUUAAGAAGUGGUACAUUUGUGGAGCACUGUGUAACAAAUAUGAUUCUUUCUUUAGCCAGGGCAAAGUGUAAAAUGGGAACGCUUGGGUUCAGCUGUUAGUUGUAAAGGGAAGUCGCAGGGAACGGCAUUACAGUCUUUAUCAUGUGAAUGGUCUAAUGUGGUGUCAAGUGAAUGCACAAUUAAAGAUGUAAAUUAAAGCCA